AUGGACCUGUUCUCCGAAUUGGAAGUUCCGACCGAGCAGCUCAGGCGCUCAUCGUUGGUAGAUUCCUGCCUAGCGAACUCGACGGCACAGACCAUCGUCGCCGUACUUCGCCGCCUCUUCACUAUUUUGAUAUGUCCUUGUUCUGAGCGCGCUGAGGUUGGCAUGUUGAUAUAUGCUAUCUGCAUGACCAUCAUCGAUAUGCACGCCAUGACAAUCACCAAGUCCGUUCGCCACAACACACAGCCACCGGUACUGGGUCAGACGGGUCUUUGGGAUGAUCAUGGAGCGUCUGCUCAGGAGCCGCUGGAAAACGAAGCCGUGGCUAUGCUGGUAUUAGGAGAGCUAUCCAAGAUGGCCAAGUUAGUUUUGCAAUUCACCGCGCGGUACAGUGGAGAUGUGGAGGGCAAACAGCCCCUUCCGGAAGGCCACAAGAUCCCAUUCGACUUUUUGCCGGCUUUGGGCAACCUCAUGCAGGAGAGGCUGCAGCAAAUUACAAACGAUGCAACAUAUUGGCUCGGAUAG